CUUUACUUCCUCCCUCUGUCAGAGUCAUGUGAUACGUGCUGCCUGCUCCCCCGUCACAGGAUAUAUCAUUUGGACACAGCUCCGAAGUUGGCUUAAGUUUAACGUUUUCAACUUUUAGACACUCCUGGGUUUUAAAUAAUGGUGGAUCAGUUUGCCAUCGUAAUGUCUGUAAUGACUUUGUUUUGGGGAAUCGUUGGAGGAGUUGUGCCCUGGUUUAUCCCCAAAGGACCGAACAGAGGAGUUAUUGUCACAAUGUUGGUGCUAACUGCAGUCUGCUGUUACCUCUUCUGGUUGAUAGCAAUUCUGGCUCAACUAAACCCACUCUUUGGUCCAUCCCUAUCCACUGAGAUCAUCCAGUACCUAAGGUGGGCUUGGGAUUAACUUGCAUUUCAAGAACUCCUUACUUUGCAGCAUCGAUGGCCUGGGCACUGAUGCUACGCCCUUCCGGAGACCAUUCCUCAGAUCACCAAGAACUCUGUGCCUUUAGUUUUUAGUGAGUUUGACCUGGGUGCCUUGCUUAAAAUUAUCUUCAAAGAUUUAAGAGAUAUUACUUGAUUUUUCUGAACCUUAAAUUAAAACAGCCUUCACUUGCUGCUGUGUUUAUAUGUUGUGUACAUUGUGUGUAAUAUGAGUGUGAAUGAUGUUUAAUUAAAUUGUUUUGAGGUUGACACAA